UCUCUCCCCCCCACCCCACCUCCUCUUCCCUACAUCUCCACUUUCUUGGGGCUGGUGGGGAGCCAAAGGGUGCAUGCAGGGAAAUCAGGUCUUGAACUCACCAGAGGAUUACGGGGGGUGGAGGGGUUGGAAAGAACAGUGAACAGGUUUCUGGCACCAGCAACAAAUGGCUACACCCAGAGGCAAAGGCAGCCGCAGUGGCACUUCCUCAAAGUGAAAGUGAAAGAGAAGUAAGCAGAGGACAGAAGAGAAACCCACUGGCUGUCGGCCACCAAGGGGUGUUUGGAGAGACCCCUCUUCUCCGACAGAGACCUUGCAAGCAGGGAGGCUGUGGAGGGCAGCAGAGGAGGGCCUGAGAGCAGCCCCCAUGGGCGCAAAGGGGUGGUGCCUGCUGCUCUGCUUGGCUCUGUCCGGAGGAGCUGCAGACACCGCAGAAAGGCAGUGGCGGGCAGUGGACGUGGUCUUGGACUGCUUCUUGGUGGAGGAAGGGAAGUACCGUGGAGGUUUUGUCAGUGAUAAGAACGUGGUGAAGGCCUUGCUGGUGCUGAGGCAGGUGCCAGUGCUGGACGAUGGCUCCCUGGAAGGCUUCACCGAUUUCCAAGUGAGCACACUGGCCAAAGACAACCCACUUGUUACCUUUGAGGCCUCAGUGAACCUGGUACAGAUUCCCCACGCAAAGGCCUUGCUCCAUGCUGACUGCAGCGAGAAGGAGGUGACCUGUGACAUCUCCCGCUAUUUUCUCCAGGCCAGACAAGAGGCCACUUUUGAGACAGCAGCUUGGUUCCUCACCAACAUGCAGGUGUCUGGAGGGGGACCCAGUGUCUCCAUUGUGAUGAAGACUCUCGGGGAUGCUGAGAACAGGGCUGUCUCACCUUCCAAGCUGGACCUGCCCCUGGGCCCUCAGGGGACUGUGCUGACUACAGUGGAGUUCCAGGUGACAACACAUACCCCAUCCCUGAAUUUCCUACUGGGGUCCUCAGCCUCCCUGCACUGCGGCUUCUCCAUGGCACCAGGCUUGGACCUCACCAAAGUGGAGUGGCGGCUACAGCAUAAAGGCAAUGGUCAGCUGGUGUACAGCUGGACCACGGGGCAGGGGCAGGCCAAGCGACAGGGCGCUACCCUGGAUCCUGAGCAGCUCCUCAUGGCUGGAGACGCCUCCCUCAACCUACCCAGCCUUACUCUGAAGGACGAGGGGGCCUAUAUUUGCCAAAUCACCACCUCUCUGUUCCAAGCUCAACAAAUCAUCAACCUCCAUGUCCAAGCUUCCCCCAAAGUACGACUGAGCCUGGUAAAGGAAGCUCUGGCACCCACCCUCAUCUGCAACAUCGCUGGCUAUUAUCCUCUGGAUGUGACUGUGACGUGGACCCGAGAGGAGCUGGGUGGAGCCCCAGUCCCAGUCUCUGAGGCCUCCUUCUCCAGCCUCCGGCAAAGCCCAGAGGGCACCUACAGCAUCUCUUCCUUCCUGAAGGCAGAACCUGGCCCUGCAGGUGCCACUUACACCUGUCAGGUCACCCACAUCUCCCUGGAGGAGCCCAUCAAGACCAGCACCUGGGCGGCCCCACCAGAGCAGAGAACUAUGACCUUUGGAGUCCUUUUUGCCAGCAGCCUCUUCCUUCUUACACUGCUGUACCUGGGACUUCAGAGAUGGCAAGCUACCUCAUCCAAGGUCUGCCAAGACUCCAAGGCCCCAUGGGUAGUCACUGUCCUGCCUCAGAGUAAAAAGAAAGAGUAGUCACAUUCUCCCUGAAGCACUCUAAGCCAAGGCUGAGAGCUCAAAAAGACCCGAAAAAAAGCAAGAAGAACACACAGAUCACAGGUGCACUGGCUCUGGCUCUGAAUAUGUGCAGGACUCUGCCUCCCUUCAUUAUGUCCCUGGGCUAAACAGAAAACAUGAAGAGGUAAGAGAGCAACAGGAAGGCAGAAUGUUUGGGUGGAGGUUAAAAGAGCCAGACUUGCCCUGGCCGGUUUGGCUCAGCGGUUGGAGCAUCAGCCUGCAAACCAGAGAGUCCCAGGUUCAGGUCCCACUAGGGGCACACACCAAAAAA